AGUGGAUGGGCAGGGUUAUCAUCGCAAUAUGCAUCGAUCCUCCGAGUCGUCGUAGGUCAGCAGGUUCGUAUGUCAAAUGCAGUUUCAUACAACCUGAUCGAACUGCUCAACCGGAGGUAGUUCUGAUUAGAACGUUGCUCUAACGAGACUCGAACGUGGUUCCUCAAAUCGGUCACGAGAAAACACUAUGGUUACUAUCGGUUGGUGUAUUUUGUUUGCCUGUACUUUCUGGGCCCAAACGGAACCGGCUUCGGUAGAAGAUUUCGUCAGUGAGAUAAGUGAAAACGAUAUCGGGACGAAGAAAGUGAUCAAGUGGUUCAACAUUGACUACGAAGAUGGAGAUUUGCUGGUUCCGCAGUUGGUUGUCAAAUAUGGUUACCAAGUGGAAAGUCACAUGGUGACGACCGAGGACGGUUACAUGUUGACAAUGUUUCGUAUUUUACCGCGACAUCCCUCAACAACGAAAAAGUUUCCUGUCCUGAUGGUCCACGGAUUUCUCGGUAGCUCAGCUGAUUUCGUGGUCAGUGGUCCAAACAAUAGCUUAGCCUAUUUGCUGGCCGAUAAUGGCUACGACGUGUGGCUAGCGAAUGUCCGUGGAACACGUUAUUCCCGGAACCAUACAACUUUGCUCGUUGACACUGAAGAAUAUUGGGAUUUCUCUUGGCACGAGAUUGGCUACCACGAUCUACCGGCAAUGAUCGAUCACGUGUUGAUGGAAACAACUGCCCCGAAGCUUCAGUACAUAGGACAUUCCCAAGGCUGUACAACCUAUUUUGUAAUGAGCUCUACUAGACCGAAGUACAAUAAGAAAAUUGCUCUCAUGACAGCACUCGCCCCGGCCGUUGUUCUCAAGCGAGUUCGUAGUCCGAUUCUUCGGCUACUGUUAGAGAUUCAAGACCAACUGAAGGAGGUACUGGAUGCUCUGAAUGUUCACGAGAUACCGUACAUUCAAAGUAUCCAUCACCUUAUUGGUUCAUUGUGUCCGGUAGCGGAAAAGGAAAAUCUUUGCACUCAACUGCUCGGGCAGAUAACGGGACCACACCCCGAGAUGUGGGAUCAGGAACUGGGUCUCGUCUACAUGGGCCACGCCCCGUCCGGCGCUUCAACGAAGCAGUUAUAUCAUUUCGCACAGCUAGUUCGCAGCAGGCUUUUCCGGCAGUAUGAUUACGGCAGGAAAGGAAACUUGCAAACAUACAGCAACUGGAAACCUCCGGUCUACAACCUGAACGUCUCGUCCGCUCCGGUUCAGAUCUAUUACGGACUCAACGACUGGAUGGUGUACUACCGAGACGUCGAACAAUUGGCCACGAUGAUUCCUCGGCUGGUGGGGGUCAACGCCGUCGCCGAUGAAAAAUACAAUCACAUUGAUUUUCUGCUGGCGAAAAAUGCCCGUUCGCAGGUUUACGAUAAGCUGCUGCCCGUGCUGGAACAGUACAACAAUAACAAUAAUCACAAUAGCGAUUGAUCAGAGCUUGAGUGUGGGAUUUUUGCUUUCAUUUGCAAACUUUUCGUCAUUGAUCAGAUCGUUUGAAAGCAAAAAAAAAAUCGAAUGAUCUCAGUAGCCGGUGAUUUUAUGUCGUGGCGGUAAUUGGUGACCGGUUAUGUAAGCCGUGCGGGUGUGAACAACAAUAUACAAUCGAAGCAUACGGAGCAGAGCGAAAAAGUGGUCACAUUUUCUGUGUUUGCAAUUUUUUUUCGUCGGUAAUUUAAAUAUUCAUAACGGAUAUACACAGCAAAAAACGAAUUGUAACGAUCUCAAUGUGAUUAAUAAUCGAUGUGAAAAAUAUAAGGCGUACUGGACCUCAAAUGCAAUAAUUUUCUGUUUUCAAGAAUUAUUGCAGAUAAUAGAUUGAGUACAAUACAUCUCCCUAACUGAAUACUGUAUAUGAUUCUGAUAUGAAAUUAUGUAUCAUUUCGUGUAAUAUUACAACCUUUAGAACGACACCAAGAUUGUUGUGAUAUUAUAUCGUAAUCGCUGCACAUCAGUAGUGAGUAAUGAUGUGCAGCAAUUUUGAUGUAAUAUCAUAAACGUGUUGGUGUCGUUCUAAAUUUUGUAACAUUAUACGAAAAGAUGCAUGACUUCCUAUCAGAAUCGCCUUAGUAUUCAGUCAAACUGAUGUCAUCUACUCAAUUAGUUGUUUCGAUGUAAUAAUGUGUUAUUUAUCUGCAUUAUUUCUUGAAAACAAAAAAUUAUCGCAUUUGAUGCUCAGUACGCCUAAUUUUUUUACAUCGAUUAAUAAUCACAUUGAGAUCGUUACAAUUCGUUUCUUUUUUGUUGUGUAGAGAAAGUUGUUCUUGAAAAAUGGAAGCUACAGUUAGUUGAGUGAGUUGUUUCUAAAAUUGUUCAUCGCAGUGUGACUGUGUACUAUUACCGGUCCAUGUUACAAACGGCCAUUCAUUGACGUAUCUACGUAAUUGUUAUCGGGCAUUCUGAAACGUAUCUACACUUAAGUACACAAAGCUAUGCGUGCGAACAGAGAAAUUACUACAAUUUGUUUACACGACUUCAACUCGGUCGCCUAGCAAUCGAACAGGUUUGAUCUGUCCGACUAUGUCAUGUUUAACACAAAUCCGAUAAGCAGAAUUCGUAUACUUAUAUGUAAAAGAAGACUCGCAUGUACGGUUGCGAUGCAAGUAGAAAAAAAAAAUUCUCAACAAUAAAAUAACAAGAUUGUUUCAUGUAUUAACUAGCUAGAUAAUUCUAUUAUUGCCAACUUCCAAUAGGCGUUCCGUUAUGCUCACGUUCGAUGUCCACGUGUCGCACGGCUACAAAGUGGAAUUGUCUUGAUGACAGCUCCAAUCAGCUCAGUAUUACACACAGAGAAAAAAAAAUAUAAAAAAACCAAAUAUGGAUUUUACACAACGACAAAAGUAAGUUUGGAGUGGUAUAGCAAAUAAAGGGUGAUUUUGUAAGAGGUAAAGGAUUUGAUUUUCUAAAAAAAAAACUUUUUAAAUUCACCUAGUGGGGUAAUGAUGGAUAUUAUUUAUAUUUUCAAAAAUAUGACUAGAAGAUUCUGUGAAGAAUUUUUUCUCCAAUCUUGAAUAAAAUAAGAAACUUUCUUUGGGUAUAAACUAACAUAAUCUUUUCAAUUUGUAAAUAGUUAUGUCAAUACGUUAUGUUAAUAAUAACUUUUCUUUAAUUUGUAUCGUCGCACUAAAUGAUUAUAGGAACUUUUGUUUGAGCCUGCUUGUGGAAAUCGAUCAAAUCAUCUCAGAGAAAAUUGAGUGAGUUUUAAACUCGUUUUAAACUUUUUGACCACUAUCUCCGGUUCUUCUGGAACCGGGAACUUGGGAUCAGUAUAGC